AUGAGCGCCGCCGACGUCGAGUUCCGCGCAGAACUCAACCAGUACCGCCGCGAGCAGACAGUGAAGACGCAUGGCCUCGCACACCUCAACAAUCUGGGCGCGGGGAUCAUCAUGGGUGACGAGACCCUGGACCGAAUCGCAGACUGUGCUCGCGCGCAGAAGCUGACGACGGUGGAGACGCUAUAUCAGGAGACGAAGUGGCCCAAGUCGCGAGAGCUGGGGGCCGAUGUUUUGAAGCUCAUCAAAAAAUACUAUCCUGCAAACAGCCCCUUCGCAUCAACCCCCCUGCGAGUACGGCAGAGCGAGCCGCAGGCUGACGGGGCGCCCUCUCAGAGCAGCAAUCGCGCUGUGUCUGCCACAGCGAAAGCUCCUCGGCAGUGCGGGGCCUGCGGGCAAUAUGGUCACAUCAAGUCGAACUUGAGGUGCCCGGCUCGAGACAAACAGGCGGGUUCCGAUGACAAGGAAAAUACGACCGUUACCGUCGAAGGUCUACACGGCGAUGAUCGAGUUGUCCGCACGGUCAACGAUCGAGUUGUCCGCACGGUCGACGCCGUACGCGACAUCGGUGAUUCAUUGGUUGCUCAAUGA